AUGACCACUAAGCCACAUGUUUCCCCUUGCCUGGCCCCAAGCCAACAAAGAACGAUCAUCACGUUCCAUGAGUACAGCAUCGAGGCAGCAAACACGAGGUGGGCAGAAGGAUAUAAUUUCUGUUUAUACCUCAACAAGUACAACCUUCUGAGGAUGUCGAAAACGCCGUCUGAGCUUCAUGAGCUAAGGACAGCCGUGGAGAGCCGAGGGCAACAGCAAGCUCAAUCACAACCCGCACUGAAGCUGGGGACCGAGUUUGUCAAUCAAGUGUGCAUCAGCGAUACUAUCACAGAAGCCCAGUGGGGCACGGCACCUGAUGUGAUAUGGGAGGGAAUAUAUCUGGCUCUGAUUGCAGUCACGGACAACGAGGCGUCAAAUGAGGUCAAAGAACAACCGUUCACGGGGAAACUCACGGGGUGUAGAAACGUGACUGAUGUCAUCAACAUUCAAGUUUCCAUUAUACUACUAACUGCAUGCGCACACGUUGGGAUGAUCUGGAAUUUUAUGACCGACAACCUAAUCCUCAUUCGACCUCAGCUUGAGAUUGGCACGACUAUUCGAUGCACAGCUUAUCGCGGUCUGCCACGUACGGACAUGAUGCCACCACAAGGCAAGGUUAGCCUCAUGCGAGAUCUGAAACUUGAUAAGUUUGCAGAAAACCAAAGGGCUCGUCACAGCCCUAUGGUAAUCAAGGGAACAAUUUCUACGGUGGUCAAUGGAACAAGUGUUGACGCUAGGCCUGGGUGGCGUGAUCGGACGCAACAAGCAUGGAUUCAGACAACACCGUGGUUCCCGGUACAACCCGGCGGAAAGCUGGGCUGA